GGUGGAACGUGAUUACAUCGUUCGAGAUUUCAGUCAAAUCAGAUCUGAUCGGAACCCUCGCGAUCCGUCGGAGCCUCUCUCGGUAUCAAGGUUCAACUCAAGGAGUAUAUAGUACAUUGUGGUACACAACAGGCAAGACAUCACCUACACCACGUUCUUACAGAAUCCUCUACUGAGAUGACAGACAACCCGUUCAAAGUUAUCGUUGUUGGGGGCGGACCGGUCGGAUUGACCGCUGCUCAUGCGCUGCAUUUGGCCAAUAUCGACUUCGUCGUGCUGGAAAGAAACGAUGACGUUGCCGUCGAUGUCGGAGCGAGUCUUGUGCUUGGAGCACAAAGCAUGCGAUUCAUGCAGCAGUUGGGUCUGCUCGACAAAUUGCUUUCGAUUGGGGAAAAGUUGCUUUAUAACAAAUCGUUCACCCAGGAGGGUACAAAGUUCACGGAUAGUACAUCUAUCCAGUUGAUGAGAAGGAAUUUUGGCCUCGAGUUGAUCACGUUUCAUCGAGCCGAACUUGUUCGAGCCUUACUGAACGGGUUGCCAAAGGGUGCAAGAGAGAAAUACUUGCUCAGUCAGAAAGUUGUCGAUAUCUCAACUAGCAAGUCCGGUGUAGUCGUCACUUGCGCCAACGGGAAAAUAUACUCUGGCUCUAUGGUGAUUGGAGCCGAUGGUGUGCACAGCCAAACACGAAAGAUAAUGCACAGGCUUUCAGCCGAGAGCAGAUUUUCUGCCAGCAGAAACCCAGAGCCGCCCUUUCAAGCCAGGUACCGAUGCUUGUGGUCCAACCUUCCGCGACCAUGCGAAGCUGGGCAGGGAGCCGAUACGCAAGGCAAAGACCGCUCCGUCAUGUGGCUGACCGGCCGCGAUCGCGCCUGGAUAUUCCUUUACGAGAAGCUGGAUGAGCCAACCAACGAGCCCAGGCGGUACACCAAGACGGAGAUGGAUGCGUUUGCAGCUAGCUUCGCAGAUUGGCCUGUCAAUGAGGAGUUGCGAAUCAAGGACGUCUACAACAGCUCAACAGCAGGUAUGUCGAAUCUGGAAGAAGGGAUACUUGAGCAUUGGAGCCUGGGGCGGAUUGUCCUUGCUGGGGAUUCAUGUCACAAGUUCACCCCCAACGCAGGCCUCGGUUUCACAAAUGGAAUUCAGGACAUUGCAUUGCUUUGCAAUCUGCUGCACGAUGUGGUGGGUUCGAGCAUGACCUCUGAUAUCAGCGAGGACACCCUGCAUCAAACCUUCAAGGACUAUCAGGACGCUCGAAAAACAGCCCUGAACUUCGACUGGGGUGUAUCGUCUCUCACAACUCGCGGGCACGCUUGGGCGAAUCCGAUUUACUGGUUUUUGUAUAGGUUCGUUUGGCCUCUAUACGCUUUUCAGUGGCUCUUGCAAACGGUCAUCGCCGCUUCACAGAUAAAGCAAGGCAGAGUCCUCAAUUACGUCUUGGGUGAGGACCGCAUUAGAGGGCGCAUUCCAUGGAUGUAUCCAAUCUAUACAAAAGGAAAGGACGUUUAGAAGAAUAUCUAUGUUCCAGCCUUAGAGGACAGAGGAUCGAUGGUGAUGCUAAGUCUACGGGUCUAGAAUAUCAAGCUAUUAACAGCCAGC